UGUUCAGGAAACGUCACCGUGUUCGGUUGGUGCCCGUUUUCCACGGUAGAGUUAAAGUUAAAUAAAAGAAACGUUCGUCUUUGCUUUUUAUUUUUUUGUUUAAUAUUCUAAUAAUAUAAACAAGAGCAGCACAUUCAACAAUAGCAAUAAGUUAAUAUUAAAAACGGUUUUGUAGAUUCCAACAAAUCGCUUUUUAAAAAAUUGUGUGCCCUUAAGAAAAUUAAAAUUUUGAAAAUAACCAAAUAAUAAAAGUGCAAAAGAAAAAGUAAAAAAAAGCGGAGAAAGAUUCUCCCACGGUUGUGGUUUUUAUAUACGACGAGUGACCGUAAUUUGGUUAGAAGAAAUUUAUCCAUAUCACCACGGUUCGUAAAUCCUUGUGUUCUAAAAUCGCUUGUUGAUAUUAUGUAUUUAAUUCGUCCAUACUAAUUGACUUAAAAUUGUCCCCGUUUAAGGACAAUUGAAUUUAUUUAGAAAAAUAAAAAAAAUAAAAUAAAUUUACUCCUGCAACUUGACAUUUCGUAAUUCUCGUUUCUUUUUCUUUUCGCCUAUAUUUUUUUUUUCUGUCCAACUUUUGAAUUCGCCGCCUAAUCUCAAACGACCUCUCUCUUAAUCUCGCUCUCUCACGCAUACCAAUGCAUACAAACCAAACAAGUGUAUUUUGUUUUUCUCGCUCUAUCGCAAAUUCUUUUUUGGUCUCCUAAUUUUGCGUAAGUUGGGAAACAACAACAAAAGAUAAAAGGAAAAAAAAAUACGGAAACAAGAAAAAUUCCCGUUUUCCUCGAAAUUGUUCGCUUAUUCUGUUUACUCACAUUUUGAUUGUCUUGUCUCCUGGUCUUAUGUCGUCAUCGUCAUCGUCACUUGUUUAGCCAGCAGCCAAGUUCACACGUUGUCGUUGUCGUAGUCGUCUUGGUGGUCGUUCGUCGUUCUUGUGUUUCUUGCUCAACUUAAAAUUGAAAGCAACAGCAAAAGUUCGUUUGCAGAAUUUCAACAACAACUACUUAACAGCAGUGUACCAACCUACAUACCUACCUACUUAUAUCUAGAUUCUAGACUGACAAGUGGAAUUUCUUAAAAAAAUAAAUCACGGAAUUUUAUUGAAAAUAUCUAAAGAAUUCGCGCGGUCAAGUACAUCGGGGUCACGGUAUCGGGAAGGUCAAUAAGAUCGCAAAUAAGUCAAUUUCAAAAUUGUUGGCGCCAGUAUCGUUCGUUUCGUAUUCGUAUCAGUGUAGUGCAUCCAAGAUUCAAGAGAUUUAUUUAAUCAUCUCAAUAAUAAUUAUUGUGUUUUCCUUUUCGUUGUUUCUUAUUAAUUCGGUGUGUCUUGUCUUUCGUCGCGUCUUGUCUCGUCCAUCGCUGUGGUCUCACUAGUUUCUGCAGUCAGUUUAUCGUAUAAUUUGUUUUUGUAUUCCCGUCUUACCCUUACCCUUGAUCUUUAUCUUUGGUAUGUCGGUGACUGUGAUGCAUGUGGAAUAAUACCUACCAUUUGAUAAAAAAAAAAUAAAAUAACAAACAAAGCAAGACUAACAAAAAAAAAACAAAGGAACAAAUUUAAAAUUGUUUGGAAUCUGGAAUCAACAACAGAGAAAUUAAGGAGAACAACGAACAUUAAAAAACAUAAAAUUCAGAGAGUGUGAAGCGAGCGAAAAAGGAUACCAUCACCUAUCUAUAAAAAUCGAAAAAUUCGAUUUGAAUUUGAGUUUUGAGAAGAAAAAAGAAAAAAACUUUCAUUACAAAAAAGCAUCAGCAGCAAAACCCGCAUAUCAUUUCAAAUCAACCUGCACCACUGCCAUUUGGGAUUUUUAUUUUAUUUCUCAGCACAUCAGUCAAAACUGUUAACACAUUCAACUUAUCGCACACACUCAUAUUGAUGAGCAAAUCCAUCAUAGUAGGCGCCAUCAUAGAACCAGCACUCAGGACAUUGGACAUCCUAAGCAGCUCACAUCGUCGUAGAUAGAAAACCGAUUCUAUUAAGUAGCAUUUUAUUAUUUUUUUUACGAAAAGGACCUUUAAGGACAUUUAAUAUUAAAUCCAAACAAAAUGAAAAACGACGUCGUACGGUGGACUCCUUCGUCGUCCUUACAACACAAUUCAGCUAAUAUGACUGUGAUCGAAAGCGAAACAGCAUUAUCAGAGAGGACGACUGCAUCAAAUUCAAGCAGCUCAAUAGUUAAGCAUCACAAAAGUCCUCGACGGAAGAUAAUAUCCUUGUCGUCUUUGUCUUCGUCUUCGUCUUCGUUUUCGUCGUCCUAUUUUCCCUCAACUUUAAUGACUAACAACUCCUCCUCCUCUUCCUCAACCAACAAUAACAACACAAAUAGCAAAAUCUUAACGAAUUGUGAUAAUAUGCAGCUUGCUGUAUCAAAACUUACUACAACAACAACAAGUACAGCAGCAACAAGUAAAAAAUCGUGGUGGCAAUCCCGACGACUUACAGAACCGAGCCGGUCAUCAUCAUCAUCAUCAACGAUUUUUCUAAGACCUCGAGCUUUUUUCGUAGAUAAACGGACUGAUUUCACAAAAUUCUUAGUUUUAUUCCUGCAAAUAAGUGUUGUAUUGUGUUUGUGUAGCUCGAAUGUUGGCGUUGUGGCCGACGAUAGUGAAUUAGAGGCAAAUCCAUCGACGCCAGGUGGACAUUUUACGCAUACGUGGGCUGUUCAUGUGCCGGAUGGUGAGAAGGACGGAUUAGCUGAUCGGGUGGCCAGCGAUCAUGGUUUCAUCAAUUUAGGAAAGAUCUUCGAAGAUCAUUAUCAUUUCGAACAUAUUAGGUUAUCAAAGCGUUCUGUGUUGCCAGCGGAUCAUCAUCAAAAACGGCUUGACAAUGAUGAUCGAGUGAAUUGGUCGCAACAGCAAGUUGCCAAGCGACGACAAAAACGUGAUUUCAUUCGAAUGAGACCAUCGAGAACGUCAUCAAGAUCAUUGUCAUUAGUAGAUAGUAUGCAGUUUAGUGAUCCAAAAUGGCCGCAAAUGUGGUAUUUGAAUCGUGGUGGUGGUCUGGAUAUGAAUGUGAUACCAGCAUGGAAGGAAGGCAUCACGGGGAAAGGUGUGGUUGUGACAAUUCUUGAUGAUGGUCUAGAAUCUGACCAUCCCGACAUCGAAUCAAAUUUUGAUCCCCUAGCGUCAUACGACGUUAAUGGUCACGAUACAGAUCCAAUGCCUCACUACGAUAUGACGGAUUCCAAUCGCCAUGGAACACGUUGUGCUGGUGAAGUUGCUGCCACUGCCAAUAAUUCAAUUUGUGCCGUCGGGAUUGCCUAUGGCGCUAGUGUCGGUGGGGUGCGGAUGUUAGAUGGCGAUGUAACGGAUGCCGUCGAAGCUCGUUCGUUGAGCUUGAAUCCGCAGCAUAUUGACAUCUACAGUGCGUCCUGGGGUCCCGACGACGAUGGAAAGACUGUAGACGGUCCUGGCGAACUUGCGUCGCGUGCCUUCAUCGAAGGUGUGACAAAAGGUCGAAAUGGCAAGGGAAGCAUUUUCAUUUGGGCAUCUGGUAAUGGAGGUCGUGAAUUGGAUAAUUGUAACUGUGAUGGCUAUACGAACUCCAUUUGGACACUAUCGAUAUCAAGUGCCACAGAGGAGGGCCAUGUGCCAUGGUAUUCGGAGAAGUGUAGUUCAACUCUCGCCACAACAUACAGUAGUGGUGGACAGAGUGAAAAACAGGUUGUGACAACAGACUUACAUCAUUCCUGCACGGUUUCUCAUACAGGAACAUCAGCAUCGGCGCCUUUGGCUGCUGGUAUCGCCGCCUUAGUUCUCGAAUCGAAUACAAAUCUAACGUGGCGAGAUCUCCAGCAUAUAGUUGUUCGAACAGCUAAGCCAGCGAAUCUAAAGGAUUCAACAUGGUCCAAGAAUGGAGUGGGUCGCCGCAUAAGCCACUCAUUCGGUUAUGGAUUAAUGGACGCCGCUGCAAUGGUUCAACUUGCACGUACUUGGAAGACUGUGCCAGAACAGCAGAGGUGUGAAAUCAAUGCACCACACGUAGACAAGAUCAUUCCAGCCAGGGGUUAUAUUACUUUGCAGCUAACGGUAAAGCAUUGCUUAUCUGUGAAUUAUUUAGAGCAUGUACAAGCGAAAAUUACACUGACAUCCCAUCGUCGAGGAGACAUACAACUUUAUUUGAAAUCACCAGCUGGCACCAAAGUGACACUUCUGACAUCGAGAGUUCAUGACGUCUCCCGAUCAGGAUUCAGCCAAUGGCCAUUUAUGUCCGUUCACACAUGGGGUGAAUCUCCACACGGUAAUUGGCAACUAGAAAUUCACAACGAAGGACGUUAUAUGGGUCAUGCCUUAUUGCGAGAAUGGUCGCUUAUAUUUUAUGGAACAACACUUCCAAUCGAUCCCAACGACCCAAUAUCGAUGCGCACAAAUCCGUCCGAAGACACAACAACAUCAUCGUCCUCGUCAUCAUCAUCAUCUCAAUCAUCAUCGCAAUCAUCUUCUACGUCAACCAAUCUCCAUCAAAUCUACUCGCCCCAAUAUCCUCGAAUGCCAGCAACCAAUUUCAAUUCAUUUUCCACACAAAGUAAACUAAAUGCGAAGGUUAGCUCCAUGAAGGGAGCCAAUGGAACGGCCACUGUGUUGUUAGGUCCUGGCAGCAAGAAACAACAACAACAGCAAUACCAUCAAGUUUCGGCUACGUAUGGUGUAAUCCUGGGUUCUGCCAAAAAUAAAUCCAAAAAUGGAAAGAAUGGCAAUUCGAGUGGAGGCGGAGGUGGAGGUGGUAAAAAUAAAGGCUCUAAGUCAUCAAAUCGACCUGGUAAUACGCAACAACAACAACAAUCACCGGCAUCAGUAUCGAAAAAUAAUUUCUAUCGCAUUCCGACUUCGAACGGCAAAUCGUCAUCCUCAUCAUCAAAACAAACUUCUGGUUCGACGCAACGUCCCAAAAUGUCCCAACAAGCGAAUUACAAUUCAAAUGGUGCUGUUGUGGUGCCUAGUAGCAAGUCGGCCUCGGAUAAGUCCAUUCAGGGUGUUGGACAAACGAUGACAGCUGCUAAACUACCAAUCAAGGCCCCAAAACAAGUAAAAGAUAAUAACGCCUACAAUGGCAAUAACGGUGGUAGUGGAAGUUCCAUAGCAACAACGUCAUCUAAAACUGCCGCAGUAUCGGCAUCUGGUGGUACAGCAUCCGCAUCAUCAUCAUCAUCAAUGUUGUCGAUGCCACCACAAAAGACAAAUCACCGGAUACCAAAACUUUUCGAACAUUAUGAAAAAAUUCAGCAAAUUUUCCCAGAAUUCCAUCCGUACAUGGGUGCUGCUGCUGCUGUGGGUCUGGUUCCAGGACAAAAAGAUGCAACAUCAUCAUUAUCUUCUUCAUCGUUGUUGUCGCCAUCAUCAUCGUUGGCAUCAGCCUCCACGUCGACAUUAUCGCUGUCAUCUUCCAUCACCAGACAGGGACCCAAUAGAAAGCAAUUCCAAUUCUAUGAUCCAUCAGUCGGUGUUGGUCUUAGUGGAAGCUCCUCAUCGUCUAGUGUUGUUGGAGGCCGAGGAAGCAGUGGCGUUGCAAUUGCAAAUCCAAAGCCAUCCCGGGAGAAUUCAAAAAAGUCCUCUCCACCAACUAACAAUGCUGGAUAUCAACUACAACAUCAGGAGUUUCAACUUACUCCUAAGCAACUGUCAUCGGGUCACCAUCAGCAGCAACAGCAACAACCACUGGCAAGACCGCCACCACCAGCACGUACUGCCACACAACGACCUGGUGAAAAGAUUUAUUUACCAAAUAGGAAAAGCACUAACGCUCAAAUAACACAAUGGGACUUAAUUUUCUAUGGAACAGAAACACCCGCCCAACCAGAUGAUCCAGUUCAAAUAAGCCCUGGACAAUUUGGGUCGUCCUUCGGUGGUGAUAUGGAACACAAUCUUCUUGAAUACGACCCGGAUACGGCUAGCGGUCAAUGGAGGAAUGUACAGCAGGUUGGCGAAUCCUUAGCUGAUAUUCAGCAUGAAAACGAUCAAACCAGCAGUGCAUGCAGGCAUAUUACAACUGACCAAAGAUGCAUAGAAUGCAACGAUCAAACAUAUCUCUUCAACGGCAGAUGUUUUACCAAAUGUCCUGAACAAACGUUUCCCAUAAGUGAAGUCCAUCCAACGGAGCACGAUGUCUUAUUUAAUGAUCUCGAGGCAGCUCAAAAGCAAACUAUAAGCAAUACAGGUUCAACACCCGACGAUCCCCCAUUGGACGACGAUGGCAGCUUGAAAAACAUGUGUGCUAUCUGUGAUAAAAGCUGUCUUCGAUGCAAUGGACCAAGCUCUUCACAAUGUACAGCUUGCUUUCCAGAGAGUCAGCUCAAAACCCUUAAUAACCAAGAGGGCUAUUGUUAUGUAUUUGCCGAGAGAAGUUCAGGUGAUGAUAGAUCUGACUCCAUGUCCAACUGGAAAUACAUUCCGGCAGGCUUACUAUUGUUCUUUAUACCGUCAAUGGUUGUUAUUUUAAUUGUUGCUGUGGCAAGGAUGGGUCGCAAAAGAUUUGGCCUAAACAAGGAAUAUUCAUAUGACAGAGUAGGCUAUAGCUUAGCAAAUGAUGAAACUCAGGUCUUGACGGCAGAGGACGAAGAAGAAGUUGACACCUAUCAAAGUAACACUACAACAAACGAAGAUCUAAUUUUGCCUAAUAGAGAACAACCAAUGCCUCAAUACAGUUUGGUAGUUGCUAGUGAAGAGUCCUCGGAUUCAGAAGAGGACAUACUAAAUUUAUCCAAGACAUAAUUCCAUUGAAGAUGACAAAAAUUCCAUUUAUAGUUAAAUUACUUUUAUAUAAUUAUUUUUUUUUUAAUUUACAUACAAACGAACACGUAAAUUUGGGUUGUAAUUUAUUGAAACGCUUCAUCAUGUUUAAAAUCUAUUUAUUGUUAUAAAAAUUGUCACAAAAAAUAUAAAUGUUUUAAACUAUAACUUAAGAUUAUAUAUUUUAUACAAAAAAAAAUCAAAUUGAAUAUUGUUAUAAGUGAAAUAAAAUUUAAGAGACAAUAA